CGCCUACUACGGGUCUUGAAUGAAGACACACUCCGUGUUUUUUUUCUUUCCCAAGCUUUCUGAAAUUUGGUUUGAAACUCAAUGAAAGAAUGCCUCCAAAAAAUAAGCAGAAGAAAGUGAUACAUCAAGAUGAACUGCGACGGUUAAUGAGAGAGAAACAAAGGCAAACGAUAGAUAAGAAGCGUGUCGAAUCCCCAUAUGCCAAGUACAACAGUCUCGAUCACCUUAGCUGCGUACUCUGCAACGAGCGAGUAAAGAAUGAACUAUUGUGGCAGACUCACAUUCUUGGAAAACAGCACAAGGAGAACGUUUCCGAGCUCAAGGGGUCUAAACAAAGUUCUACAAGUCAAGGACCCCAUCCUUCGCUUAAAAGGAAAGCUUUGGAAUCUGAAGACACGAAUGGGAAGAAGUUUAAACCAGUGGCAGGUACAGAGCAGUUAUCUACGUCAGGGCUACCUGAUGAUUUCUUUGCUAAACCUGCCCCACCGGGGCCGAAGAAACUACCUGGAAUAUUGAAAAAAACGACAUCUGCUAGGCUGAGUCUUUUGGCCGGAGUCUAUGAUGAAGACAGUGAUGAAGAGGAGGCUGGUGACCAGGGGGCAGAUUCUAGCUUGGGUGUGCAGAAGGGGGCACCUGCCCCAGGACUCCCAUCUGAUUUCUUCGACAACAGCACCAUUCCAGCUGUCCCAGCUGCUUCUCAUUCAGGGUCUAUCCUCAAACCAGAUGAAACUGAGAAGAGUGUGGAGAAGAAGGGAAAUACACCUGAAGCGCUACCAGAAGGCUUCUUUGACGACCCAGUGAGAGAUGCCAAAGUCCGUAAUGUCGAUGCUCCCAAAGAUCAAAUGGAUAAGGAGUGGGAAGAGUUCCAAAAGGAAAUGCGGCAGGUGAACACCAAAUCAGAGGCCAUUGUAGCCGAGGAUGACGAGGAGGGUCGUUUUGAGCGUCAGAUUGAUGAAAUCGAUGAGCAAAUUGAAUGUUACCGGAGGGUUGAGGUAUUGAGAGAUAAGCAAGAUGUGGUGAAGAAGGUUGUGAAGGAGAAAACAGAAGACCAGGAAGACUCCAGCAGAAGUGGUGAGGAUGAAGAAGAGCUGCUCCACUUGUUGUCAAGGGACUGGAGGGCCAAAGGCGCCCUUGCUUAAAAUUCCCAGGGCCUUUUGAUCAAAAGGUUUCUCCAGAUUAUAAAUAAAAGAGCGAAGUUGCAUAGGAAGCCACUUCUUUUCUCCCUCCAUGUCAAUGACAAACAUUUGUGGAGGAUAUCUAAAAGUGUUGUCUUCUACAGUUUUUAUGUCUAUAUAAAAUGCUUUUGUGGUAAAUGCUGUUUUUCUACUGUCAGACUGUUGCACACUUGCAGAAAUACUGUACUAUCAGCAUUCAAUAAAAAAAUUAAUGGAAG